UUCGCUUGCCUUUAGGGAUUACAGCUCCUGCCAGCGUUCUUCAUUAGAUAGGUUUCUCCGUUUAGGGUAGCCUACCGGAGAUUUCAUGAUGACUUUGCUACCAUCUCUCCGCUCUGAUGCGAAGAUGAGUUUUUAAAGGUGGUUUUAGAUCAGUUGUUUUAAGACCAGAUAUCAGAAAAAAUACAACUAUAGACUUCUUGCUGGACUUGGAGGUGCCGUAAAGAGAGUUGAAGUUUUAGCUUCAGUCAGUUUUAUAGCGCGUCCAGUGUCCCCAUCAUGUGCAGAGUGACAUCCAUUUCGAAUAAAUCAUACCCCGGUGGAGCGUCUGAUCAAACAACACACACGCUGUUAAUUAAUUGGCUUGUUUGCUGUUCUGUCGCCACAACUAACCAACACCAAACAAAUCCACUGGUGUGUGGUUAUAUAAGGUGAAGGACACACUGGGUACAUCUGCAACGAUUGCAUCCCACUUCACGAUGGCUUACCGACUGCUGGUGAGCUGUCUGCUAUUGCUACAGCUCGUACUAACGCAAGCCGACGGAGGUAGCUUUCUAACACCGUCCGGCAGUACCUACUGUCCCAUACCGCUGGACGUGUUGGAGCAGGAGAACGGCACCGCCCCGGCCGGCUGGAGCGCCAGCUGCACCCAACGCCGCACAGAGGAUUACGCCAAGGUCGAGCAAGCGGUCGCAGUAAUCAAGGACCAUCUGGAGAAGCAGGCGGCCGCCACCAUACCGAUACGGGACGAGUUGCGCCAGUUUGGCGGCACACUGUUACCACUGCUAAACUCCGCCCAGCUCAAGACCGAGGCCGCCGAGCUGGACGAGCUGCGCAUGAGCGUGCUGGUCGCUGCGAUUGAGGCGGGCCGCAUACCAGAAGCGAUGACGCAGUUCCUCAUGCUGGCCGGCUGGAACCGGUGGCCGGAAAUCGUCGCCCGGAUCUACCAGAACACGAGACGCGACCGGCAGCACAUUGCGAACCUGCUGGAGUUUAUCCGCAUCGUGCCGGCGCGCGACGACCGGGUCGCGUUCUACCACGAGCUGAAGAAGCACAUGGUCUCGAGCAAGGACUACGAGUCGUUCCUCGGCGCCCUGUUUGCGGCCGAUGCGUUUCAUGUGGUGUACGAGGCGGACGGCAAGACGCCGCUGAACGAGAGCGAUGCGAAGGCGCUCUACACCACGAUGCUGGACGGCGCGGGAGCGUACUUCCAGCGUGCCCUGCUAACCGGCGCCAACCGGUACGAUCUGUUCCUGCUCGACAAGCAUCAUCCGCAGCUAUUCGAUCUGCUAUUCGACCGCGUCGUGAACGUGUCCCAGGCGGAUAUGCGCAAGUUCAACUCGUGGCAGAUGAUGGGAGCGCUCUGCCGCGUGAACCGGCCAAUGCUAAAAGUGCAGCUGUUCCGCAAGACCGCCUACCUGCUGCUGGACCACUUCAAGUGGGAGAAGGAGAACGAGUUCUACGCGCCGAUGCUGGCCGGCUACUUCGAGGUGUGCCUGCCGGAGAUCCGGAAGGAUCCAGCCACCGCCGGUCUCGUCACGGAGGUGCAGAACAUCUUCGGCCGCUACAAGAAGGGGAUGAACUACAAGAGCAUCUCGAAUAUCAUUGGCAAGAACAUCCACGCGUACGCUGGGUAGGGUUCUGGGUUAAGAAUAAAGGGACCGAUAUGUAUAAUGCAGCCAUUUCCAUCAACGUGGAGUAGUUUAUGUCAGGCGUUUGACGUUCUUUAUUGACUUGGUCGAGGAAGCGCUAGGAGGGAGCCGUCGUAGGGACGACACAACAACACAAAGGAUACAGUGCUAGCACA